AUGGUAAUAGGCCUUCACGAGGGCUUGGGGUCGGCAUUAUCCGAGUAUCUCAAACAUGCAGUUGAUGCGCUCGACUCCGAUAAAACAGGGAGAAUAUUUCGUAAUGAGCUACUUAGCGCCGUCUACGUUUCUGCCAGGCCCUCUGGCAACGAUGCCUCUGCCUUCGAACUUACGGAAACCCGAAAAUCAGCCCUCCAACACAAGUUCAUUUCAAGUCUGCACUCCGACGGCAUACACGAUCGUGAACUCGGAAUCACGGAGGCUCACCAAGAAACGUUCCGCUGGAUCUUUGACCUGGAAGAUGAUCAACGUUGCCCUUGGGCCAAAUUUCACCGCUGGCUCCAGUCAGACCAGCAAUUAUACUGGAUCACAGGGAAAGCAGGGGCCGGCAAGUCAGCACUAAUGAAAUACAUCACCCAGCCCAUCUCACCUCGAGAAGCAGAAAAGCCAGUGAUAGUGGCCUCAUUCUACUUCUGGGCGGCCGGCUUCAAAAUGCAAACGUCAAAAGAAGGUCUCUACCGCACCUUAUUAAGUCAGAUCUUCCAGAGUUGCCCCGAGGCCAUACCUUACGCCUCACCGGAGAGGUGGGAAGCCCUGUGCCUUUAUAACAAGGAUCCGAGGCCAUUCGACGAAAUCGAACUGCGAAAUAUUUUGGAUAGCGUGAUUAAAUUCGCCAGUUCUACCAAGAGUCUGUGCUUAUUCAUCGACGGGCUUGACGAAUUCAACGGCACCCACGGCGACUUGAUUGAAUUCGUCAAUCAUAUAAUAGAGACGCUACCAAUAGGGGUAUGUGUAGCAAGUCGUCCUUGGGUGGUUUUUGAAGCCGCUCUCGAGGGCAAACCAAGUCUCAUGAUUGAAGACCUCACGUUCAACGAUAUUAGACGUUAUGUUACGUCUAGGUUUAAAUCCGACGCUGAAUUCGUGUCGCUUCAAAACCGCGAGGUUGAGCUUUCUCGAAAUCUCAUCGAGGACGUUGUCCGUAAGGCUUCGGGAGUUUUUCUUUGGGUCAGCAUUGUUGUGUCGUCUCUUCUGGAGGGGAUUAAAUACGGAGAUCGAGUUUCUGACCUACAACGACGGCUUUCUCAACUGCCUCCCGACUUAGAGUCGCUGUAUGAUAGGAUCCUUCAUGACCUCGAUCCUUUCUAUCUCGAGCACGCAGCCCAGUAUUUUCGCCUAAUGGCUGCCUGCGAGCAUCCGCCUGAAGCAUUGUUAUUAUCAUUUGCUGACGAGGAAGAACUUGACUUUGCUGUUAAGCUUCCUAACGCCCUUUUAACCCCCAGGAGAUUGCCAUUCGGGUUGACACCAUAAGAAAGCGACUAAAUUCCUGUUGUAAAGGAUUUCUCAAUGUUCCA